AUAUCAUAUAGAGAGAGAAACCAAAGAGAGAGAGAGAGAAAAUGGGAAGAGCUCCUUGUUGUGACAAAGCAAAUGUGAAGAAAGGACCAUGGUCACCAGAGGAAGAUUCAAAGCUCAAAGAGUAUAUAGAAAAAAAUGGAACUGGUGGAAAUUGGAUUUCUCUUCCUCAAAAAGCUGGUCUAAGAAGAUGCGGAAAAAGUUGCAGAUUGAGAUGGCUUAACUAUUUAAGGCCAAACAUUAAACAUGGAGAAUUUUCAGAUGAAGAAGACAGAAUCAUUUGCACCCUUUAUGCUAAUAUUGGAAGCAGGUGGUCAAUUAUUGCUGCUCAGUUACCUGGAAGAACUGAUAAUGAUAUAAAAAACUACUGGAACACAAAACUCAAGAAGAAGCUUAUGAGUUUUCUUCCUCAAUCUCAUACCACACUCUUACCCUAUCAAAACCCUACUCCAUAUUACAACCAAUUUUCACAACCAAACACAUCUUUCACCACAAACCUUGAACCAAUCUCUCUCCCUUUUUACCAUAACCAAGAGUCUUUGCUCAGUGGUGUUAGCACUAGUACUAGUAAUGUUACUGUUACUUCCAUGCAAUAUCAUCAUCAUCAUCAUCCUAUGAGAGAGAGUUUGGCCAUGUUUGGAAGUGAGGGAAGUUGUUGCAGUUCAUCAGAAGGAAGUUUUGGGAAACAAGAAGAAAUAAUGGGGUUUCAGAAUCUCAUGCAAAACAGCAACAUGAUCAAUCUGAGUCAUGGAAGUGAUGUUAACCAAUGGGAAACUGAAACAGAAAAAGUGAACCUGUGCUUUAGUCAAAAUCAGAAGCAAAUUCCAAGUUCUUUAGGGUAUGAUCUUGAGUAUAUUAAGCAAUUAAUUAGUAGUGAUAAUGGUUACUUGAGUAUUGAUGAAAACAAGACUGAGGAGAAGAGUAUGUACUACUACUACUGAACUGGAACUGAUGAGUACUGGCUUGGAAGUAAAAUCAGAAAGAUAUGUUUCAGUCUGUGUGAGAGGUAUGGUUGUGGAGAAGAUUCAGAAAAGACUUUAAGAUUAU